AUGAUGAGUGAUGAUGAUGUACAGCCAAUUAUUCGGUAUGGCUCUAUUGAAAGAACAGACUUUUAUGAACUUAAUACGCAAAGAUUGAACAUUGAUCCCGACUUUGAUCAGGUUGUGUAUGGUUACUGUAAGACAAAAUGGAGGACGUAUUUAACAUAUUUGUUAUCUAUUCUUUUAUGUGGUCUACCGUUUUUGGUAUUCCAUUGGGUGCCGAGACUUCUUCUGUAUGCUACAUCCAUCAGAUGCUGCUUUCAAGAGGCUGACCAAGUAUUAAUAAUUGAAACAUACCAAAAGAAAUGCAAAACUCACUACAUCCACAAAAUAUUGACAAAGAACAUAACUGACCCAAGUGGGUUAUUAAAUGCAGGUUUCGAAGAGGAUUUGGAGAAUGAAAAGCGCCUUAUUAGCGUUGAUACACUACACACCCCAAUACAUUUGGACGAUGGUACAUUAUUAAAUGUACAGCAAUAUCAGUAUUUUAAACACAAAAAACAAUGUUUAAUAUGGGAACCGAUCAGAGCUCAGUGGAUCAGAUUAGCCGGUGUAGAAAGAGGUACCACAUGUGCACAGCUGCAUGUCCUGGCUGCUAAGCCACCCUGCAGUGAGAGACGACUGAGAAUGUUAAAUAUCUACGGCUUGAACGAGAUUAAGGUUCCCGUCCAGUCUGUAUUGGCAUUAAUUCUUCUAGAAGUAUUCAAUCCUUUCUACGUGUUCCAACUGUUUACCAUAGCCGUGUGGUUGGCUGAACCGUACUACUACUAUUGCCUUGCUGUGGUACUAAUGUCGACAUUUGGUGUUGCCACAUCGGUUGUACAGACAAAAAAGAACCAAGAGAGCCUUCGGGCCACAGUAGAAGCGCAUGACACAGUUGAGUUAUGGAGUGGACGACGCGUUGACAGUAAAGCCCUGGUACCAGGAGAUGUGGUGAUAUUACCAGGUCACGGUUGCAUGUUGCACUGUGACCUUGCUUUGCUGACUGGAUCAGCUAUCGUCAAUGAGAGUAUGCUAACUGGUGAGUCUGUGCCAGUUACGAAAACCGCCCUUCAGCGUAUUGACAAAGAGUUCAAUUUGAAAGAGCACAAUUCGAGUAUACUCUUCUGUGGGACUAAAGUUGAGCAGACGCGCUAUUACAAUAAUGAGCCAGUUAGGGCGCUGGUAUUGAGAACAGGAUACAACACCAGCAAAGGUCAGCUAGUCCGUAGCAUCUUGUACCCGGUUCCAGCAGAUUUCAAAUUCGACAGAGACUCAUACAAGUUCCUAUUUAUUUUGGCCUGCAUUGCUGUUUUGGGACUAUCAUACACUGUUGGUUUGAAGGCCUACAGAUCAUUGACAGUCCGUGAUAUAAUCAUUAAAGCUCUGGACAUAAUUACUAUAGUAGUCCCCCCCGCGUUACCAGCGGCCAUGACAGUAGGCCGUUUAUACGCGGUGGCUAGGCUGAAACGAGCGCGUAUAUCCUGCCUAAACACUGCGGCUGUUAAUGUCAGCGGAUCGCUGGAUUGCAUAUGCUUUGAUAAGACAGGUACACUGACGGAAGAGGGCUUAGACAUGUGGGGCGUGGUCGCAGUAAGCAAUGCUACUUCACCACCGUUACUUGGAAAGGCGCUACGAGACCCGAGCAAGCUGAACGACAUUCACGAAUUGAAAAUCGGGAUGGCUUCAUGCCACAGUCUGACAUUGUUACACGGUGAAAUGGCCGGAGACCCUUUGGAUUUGAAGAUGUUUGAAUCCACCGGCUGGUUACUAGAAGAACCAGAUGUACCAGAACUGACAAACUAUGAGAUCCUUACUCCUACCAUCGUUAAGCCUAAAAGUUCUGCUAAUAUCAACGUAGAUGAUUUGCAUAUGCCAUUAGAAGUGGGAAUAGUACAGCAAUACCAGUUCGUUUCGACACUGCAGCGGUCUUCGGUUGUGGUUCGGCUCCUUGGUGAAGAUGUGUUAAGGGUCUAUUGUAAAGGAGCACCGGAGAUGUUGAGGACUUUGUGCAGACCAGAAACUGUCCCAGCCAAUCUUAACGAAGUGUUGAGUUCGUAUGCUGAGAAAGGAUAUCGUGUGAUCGCCAUGUCUACUAGAAUUCUCGAAACUACCCAAAGACAGCUUCAGAAAAUGGAUAGAGAACAGAUAGAAUGUGACUUGGAAUUCCUCGGCCUGGUGAUAAUGGAGAACCGUCUGAAGGCUGCUACGACAGGCAUCAUAAGGGAACUGAAGGAGGCGAAUAUCCACAUUGUGAUGAUCACGGGUGACAACAUUCACACAGCAGUAAGCGUGGCAAAAGAGUGCGGUAUCCUGGGCAGCGGGGAGAGGGUAGUUCAUCUAACAGUGCAGCAAGUUGGUGGAGAACCGGCUUUGUACUGUCAGAGUAGUUUAAAUGGGGUACCAGUAGGGGACAUGACACCUUUCGACACGUCCCGCAAAGUUGAUGACAGCGGAGUGGCGUCAUGGGGAGAUCGGGGUGGUAGCAGCGGAGGGAGUUUAUGGGGGAAAAGACGAGGGGAUUUAGAAGGUGGUGAGAAAAUCAGCUAUAAAGUGGUGAUGAACGGCGAUGCUUGGGGGUUACUACGGACUCUUCAUCCUAAGAGGGUUGGUCCAGUUAUAGAAAGAGGUGCCGUCUUCGCCAGGAUGUCUCCCGACCAGAAGCAGCAGCUGAUCACAGAUUACCAGGCUCUAGGAUAUUACGUUGGUAUGUGCGGCGAUGGCGCAAACGACUGCGGCGCUCUUCGCGCGGCUCACACCGGUAUAUCCUUGUCUGAGCUGGAGUCCAGCGUGGCUGCACCGUUCACCUCCCAACACCCAGACAUCGUCUGCGUAUCCAGGGUCUUGAGGGAGGGACGCGCCGCCCUCACCACGAGCUUCGGCGUAUUCAAAUUCAUGAUCGCGAACUCUCUCACAGAAUUUAUCUCGGUCGCUAUCCUCUACUAUUUUGACGCUAACCUAACGGACUUCCAGUUUCUCUUCAUAGAUGUCGCUCUUGUCGUCAACUUCGCGUUCUUCUUCGGCAUGACAGAAGCGUACACUGGCAAACUUUGCAAACUACCGCCAUUAACUUCUCUACUCGGCAUCGUACCUCUGGUUAGUUUGAUUGGACAAAUGUUUCUCAUAACUCUUGCGCAGUACUUAAGUUACCUGACGUUGACUUAUUUCCCUUGGUACGUGAGGCACACGUAUGAGGGCGAAGAGGCGAAUAAAUGUUGGGAGAACUACGCCGUUUAUACUGUAUCCAUGUUUCAAUACAUAACAAUGGCUGUGGUCUUCAGCCAUGGUGCGCCAUAUAGAAAAUCGGUGGUCACAAACAAGCAAUUAAUGGUCAGCAUGAUAAUUAUGACAGCUAUAAGUAUAUACAUCACGGUUGCGCCCGCGCAGUGGCUCGCGGAUUUCCUCGAAUUGCAAAUGCCGAACGACAUGCUUAUGGCGUAUGUAGUUUUGGCGUUGGCGAGCUUUAAUUUUGUGUUGGCGUUGUUCUUCGAGAGGGUUAUAGUUCAGUACAUGAUGGAGAGGAAGCAAAUGAUCCCUAAAUUUAUAAAGGAACGGCAAGUUCGCAAAACGCCGCAUUUGAUGAUUAAACGACAGCUAUCCAAUAUGGACUAUUUAGAUGGACACACGAGGGUUAAUUACGACGUUGAAGGAAUCAAUUCCGGUGAGGGUAGAUGA